AUGAGGGAGACUCUUGGCACGGUUCACAUCCCUUCCUACCUUAUCGUCGAUCAGGUUGUGAAGACCAUCUCUCUCUUUCUCCCCCUCCAAAUACUUUUUUUUCGAUUUCGUCUUCCGCUUCCCUGCUCUCUUCCUGCCCCUCCGUCGGCGGGUAUUAUACUCCUUUCAUACGAACACGUUAACGUUAACCCGAGCCGCUUCUCGUUCGUUAAUCUUUCCUAAUCACGACAAAUCCAACCCUCCCGUUUCGUCCUUUUCCUUUUUCCCUCCCCUUCCCUCCAUUCCUCUUCUUCUCCCCUCCAUUCUUUUCCUCAACAAUCACCCGCUCGGGUGCCCGUUUGCCAUCCGGUAAAUAUGGUACGUUCUGAUUCCCGAGAACUUUCGGAUUACGCAUUUGCUUAUUGAAAUCCUGGGCGUUCAGAGCCACUCAACUACUACUCCCUCGCGCAAGGCCCCUGGGGCGGACUGGGAGAAGAAGGUCGAUGAGGUGAAGGUUUCCAAAACGUAGGUUCCGAGUAAACCUCUCACCGUCACUCUUUAACCUCCGCCUUCCCCGUGAAAAUACUGGACAAAAUGAUGCGAUUUAUGUACAAGUUGGGAAUCUCUCUGAAAUCCUUAUGUUAGAGAAUAUGUUAACUUGCUUUCUGAUAAUGUCCUUGUUUGACCUCGGCACUUCUUAUCUAUGGGAUUGGCUCCUAGUUGGAUCGGGUGACUGAUUCUCGGAAUGAUAGGGACCUCAAUACCUUGGUUAUGAAUUAUCUCAUUAUCGAGGGAUAUAAAUCCGCUGCAGUCAACUUUGCACAGGAAGCGAAUAUGUCACCUCAGGUUGACUUUGAUUCUAUCCAAGAACGCGUUGAUAUCCGCCAUGCGAUCCACCACGGGGAUAUUCAGACUGCUAUUGAAAGGAUCAAUGAGUUGCAUCCAGAUGUCAGUGGAAUUUCUCUCUCUCCCCAGCUCUAAAUCCUUCGUUUCUAGCUUCAUAUGCACUCUUUUUUUUCUUUUUUCUUUUCGCGAUGAUUACUUUCAGAGUGGCUUAUUACGCCUUCCGGCUGGUGAUGAAAAAUAUGGUCAAAACUUCAGUCUUCAACAUGAGCAUAUCUUGCCGAACCCGUUUCCGAUUCUGAUAUUCGUACAUUUAUGGGUUUGCGGCUUGCUAAUAUCCCAAGUUGACAUAGCUUCUCGAGACAAAUCUUCCUCUACAUUUUUCACUCUUGAGGCUUCAGCUUAUCGAAUUGAUUCGAAACUGCACUCAAUCCCCUGACGGUGAUAUUUCCGAAGCAUUGGCAUUUGCUACCACUCAUCUAGCGCCCCGAGCGCCUGGCAAUUCAAAGUUCUUGCAAGACCUUGAGCGCACAAUGGCGCUUCUAUGCUUCCCAAUGGAGAAUCUAGCUCCUCCCCUCGCAGAACUGAUGGACCCGGCGCUGCGAAGACAGGUAGCGGCUAAAGUUAACGAAGCAAUUCUCGAAGUGCAAGGCGUACCCAAGGAAGCCAAGAUUCGCCGCCUGGUCAGGCUGAGGGCAUGGGCCGAGCAAAGGAUGAAGAGUGAGCGUAGAGAGAUGCCUAAUAUGGACUUGGGGUUAGAUGUUGCGUCGCAAACAUCUGAUGAUGCAAUGGGGGCUUGAUCGUCUCGGAAUAAUGACUUAAUGAAAUGGGUAUGGGAACCCUGGGUGGCCUGGUGUUUUUUCCCCUGUUUUCUUUUAUUUCUUCCCCCCCACCCCCUCGCAGUGUUUCAUGGAGUUGUGUGUUAUCUACUAUGGUGCUCUUCUCUUCUUUCUCUCAAGUCGGCAUUGGGGUUGGAUCGGCGUUCUCUACUGGUGCAAUUGUAAACAUGUUAGCUUAAACAAAAAACAACUGUAAUGAUGAUUUUUGCUUUUGAAACUCUAUCAGCUCAAUUCAUUAUUCAUUAUAUCACACCGGU